AUGCUCUUUUGCCCAGAAAGCCCGCGGUGGCUGGCUUCAAAGGACAACUGGGAGAAGGCGAGCAGCAUCUUAUCAGAAGUCCGUCAUCUCCCCAUGGAACAUCCUUAUCUUCAGCAGGAGUUGCUCGAACUGCGCACUCAGCUAGAGCUGGAAAGAAGCUGGGUUCGAGAUACGGGAUUUUGGUCGUUACAAAAAGAGUGCUGGACGAUUGCUGCUAAUCGCAAACGUGCUCUGUUGACGGUUGGCCUCAUUACAUGUCAACAGUGGUCUGGUACCGGUGCCAUCAACUACUACGCACCUACAAUUUUCAAAGGCUUAGGUCUUUCGAGCACUACCACUGGACUCUUCGCGACGGGUGUGUACGGGAUCGUCAAAGUUGUUAGCUGUGGCAUAUUUAUCCUCUUCAUGGCAGACUCGCUGGGCAGGCGCAUAUCGUUCAUGUGGUCUGGUAUCGUGCAGGGCUGCUGCAUGUUCUACCUCGGAUUUUAUGUUCGAUUUACCCCGAACGUUGGCAAAGCAGACCACCCUCCCCCGGCAGGGAUCGCUGCCUUGGCCAUGGUAUAUGUCUUCGCUGCAGCAUUUAACAUGGGAUGGGGCCCUGUAAGCUGGAUUUUUGUUUCAGAAAUCCCAACCAACCGAUUAAGGGCAUACAACGUCGCUCUGGCCUCUUUAACUCACUGGGCGCAUAAUCUCGCUGUGUCCAAGGCCACACCCGUGAUGUUGCUGGCGACUCCCUACGGCGCGUAUUUUAUCUUCGGCUCCAUCAAUCUCUUGAUGGGUCUUGCGGCAUAUUUCCUUCCCGAAACAAAAGGGAUUUCACUUGAGCGCAUGGACGAGCUUUUUGGAGCCGCGGAUUUCUCACACCUUGAUGAUGUCGGCUUUGCUGCGAAACAAGCGAAGGAAGUUGCGGAAGUGGAAAACAUCGCCCUGCCUAAGACCAAGCCUUGA